AUGAAGCGCCUCUUCAGGUUGGUCUCCGGCAUAUUCGCCGUUACCACCGCUUCUGCCUCCUCCCGCGUUAUUCGGGAUUCCUGCCAAACGAGUCAAUGCUAUCUCGGCAUCGACCAAUUACUCAACGGUCGCACUCACGCCUUUUGUCAAGACAUCAUACUCAAUGACCAACACUACUACCAGCUUUUGACUCAAGAAGAGAGCGGGAAGCUAGGUCAAUAUUGUGACUAUCUCCAGGACGCGGUGAAAUCCGCUUGCCAAUGCGUCAUACCCAAUCCCACCAACACCAUCACUCCCCAGUCCACGGGAAGCACUCCAGCUGGCGAAACCUCGGGCACUAUCAAGGACUUGAGCGUAACCAUCCUUGCGGAUACCAACCGUGAUGGCAAAGUGGACGUGACGGGCGAAACUGACUUCGCUGGCAAAGAGAUUUGGACACCAGAGUCCGGCGCGCUCUUUAUGGCAAAUAUUGGCGAUACUGACGGCCGAUGCUCACAUUUGUUUAAACCCGAAAACUGUAAUGACGCUUCUGACAACGUGCUGCGCAACUCAACCUACCUCGCGCCCCUUCUGACCGUCCCCAACCCCAAGUUGAGCAACUCUGCUACCGGCUUUAUUACCGUCUUAAACGAAACAGCCGCCCCUAAGGUCCGUAUCUUCUAUAGGAGAAGCAAUAAAUGGGUUUAUGUGGCCUCCGACUAUAUAUUUACAGCCGAAGAACUAAAGAUCGGCCUUGAGCUCGGCAUUGAUGCUCGCGAUAUUCGCCGCCCGAGAGGAUGGGAUGGCAGGGCCACAGUGGAGUUUAGAGUCAAGGAUGGCAACCAAGAGGCCAAGGACUCAGUAGCGCUUCGCGUUGCUCCUAUCUUAACCCACAAUCAUGGCCAGCUCGCCGAACAGCUACUAACAACGUUGCUACCUGAACACUUCCACUGGAAGCGCCCAGACAUGGUUCAAUUUGUCGAGGAACUCAAAAACGUCUCCAACAGAGCUGGGAUGAAGAAACCAUUACACGCAUUCGACACAGACGACAUCUGGACCCAAGAUUUCUUCGAGCCUGGCUACACGAGUAUUCCUGGCCCUGGUGGCCCUAUUGGCCUGCGUGUUAUGAUAAGGUCUUCUCAGGAGAGUCGCGCGGCCGGCCUUAAAAUUUUCGGGGAUCUUCGAUCUAGUACAGCAGGGGCUGUUCAGGACUUCUCCGGUGUCGGUCACCCCAGAGAUGAUUUCGAAUCUACGGGCAAUCUAGAGACUAUUCCGCCCUAUACUUACAACGGCAAGUCAUAUCCCGCGGGACGAGCUGUCAUGGGAUCGCCAGAAGGAAAGAAGCUACAUAUGAUGGCCUUCCUAGAGGCGCAGGAGGUACAGGAACCGCUUAGGAUCGACACUUCAUGGCUUGGUGUCGGACAUAUAGACGAGUUUAUGCAGUUUCUUCCCGUUGAAAGUGAGCGCGGCUGGGUUAUGGCUGUUGACGAUCCGCUUACAGCCCUUAAAAUGCUCAAGAAGGCUCAACAAGACGGCCAAGGCGGCGUCAAGGCUGUUUCUCGUCCAAGAUUUCCUACUGAUCCAACGAAAGCUUGCUACCCGGCCGACACGAUCGAUCAGGUCAUUAAUAAGACCGACUUCACUAGCGUUCAGGAAAACAGUGCCAAGGAAAUUCAGAGAAACAUCGACAUCAUAAAGAGAGAGACGGGAAUCACGGAUAGGGAAAUUGUUCGCAUUCCGGCCCUCUAUUAUUACGCCGGCAAGUCUCGCCCUCAUUGGAAUUGCGAACUGGCCGAGGGACGGAAUGGCAACGAACGACGCGACCUGGAUGCCGAAUCCGCUUCGGGGCAGAGCUCGAGAAACUCCAGUUUGGCUCCCCCGGAGCAACUGGAAGCUCAGGUAGCGAAUAUUUUCGGGGAGAUGACUGAAAUCCCCGUCCUUCGAGCUGGUACGCCACCCAAACCAGUAGAGCGCCGCAAGGUGGCAAAGGAGGACCGAGUCACAUCGUUUUACCCUAGCACGAUCAACAGCAUCGUACUCAACAACAAGGAAGUUCUUGCUCCUAACCCGUGGGGACCCGUCAUCGGGGGAAAGGACAUUCUUGGCGCGGCCGUUAGUGCGGCCUACGCUGGGGUUAACUACACUGUUAGCUACAUGGACGACUGGUUCACGCACCACGUUAUAUUUGGCGAUAUACAUUGCGGUUCGAACGUGAUUCGGGAUAUGAGUCAUAAGUGGUGGUAA